AUGUCCAGCAAUGUGACCGAGAAUCCGCCCUCGUCAGAUCUUCCUUCGCCGUCUGUAACACCGUCCGCAGCGCCUGCGCCUACGGAGCCUUCUGCUCCCGCCGCCUCGUCCAGCCCGCCUGCAGACUCUCCUUCAAGUCCUGCGCCGGCUUCUAACACGCCUUCAGCGGCCGCGCCCUCCUCAGAGCCUCCUCCACCCGCCUCGAGCGCUCCUCCCGCAUCCAGCGCCGCCCCGACCAGCGACCCUCCCGCCCAGUCGAGCCAGGCACCGCCGCCGGCUUCAUCAGCGGCUCCAGCACCAUCAACAUCGGCAGCUCCUCCCCCAGCCCAGUCGAGCGCACCACCGCCAGCGCAAUCAUCCACUCAGGCUCCUCCUCCUGCUGCCACGACCAGCGCCGCACCAAGCUUCGUCGACACGAGCGUCUUCACUGCCCCGUCGGCUGAACCCUCGACCCAAGUCAUCGUCUCCACCGUGACCCCCACGGGUGCUGGAGAGACACCGUCAGUGGUCACCGUUAUUCGCACUUUUACUCCAGAUUCUCCCACUGCAGCACCAACCAACAGCGCGUCCCCCUCCGGAACAGGUGCCGCUGACCCUUCCAACACCGACUCCACCCAAUUGCAGAAUGCACAAAAGGAGAACGAUGGCGGUCUCAGCACUGGUGGUAAGACUGCCAUUGCUGUCGUCAUUCCCGUUGUUGUCGUUGCUCUGCUAGUCCUAGCCGGCAUCUUCUUCUGGCGCAAACGCAAGCAGCGCCAGAGCGCCGAGGACGAACGCAGGAAAGAAGUCGAGGAGUAUGGCUUCAACCCUAACCACGACCCCACCCUUCCUGCGGUUGGUGGAUUGGCCAUGGCCGAAGACGACAGCGGUUACCGAGGCUGGGGCAACACCACCACCAGCUCCAACCGCAAGAUGUCCACCACCCUCACCUCUGGCAUGACCUACUCGGACAGCAACAGCAACCCCGGCGGAUACACCAGCCCACAUUCUCCCACACACGGUGCCUACUCUGACGCUCACUCCAACGACCCGCUUGUAGACGGCCGUCGCCAGACCAUGGACUCGGACGGUAUCGGCGCCCUCGGUGUUGUCAACGGUGCUGCCGCCGCCAACUCUGCCAACAACCAGGCCGGUGUGCACCGCGGGCCUUCCAACGCUUCGUCGUCAUACUCAGCAGCCAACCACUCUGACAACUCUGGCGACUACCCUGGCAUGGCCAAUGGUCACCCACAGGAGUACUACAACAACCAAGACUACUACCAGAACGGGCCAUAUGCUGCCAAUGAUCCAUACGCUGCCCAACAACAGCCCAUCAUAAGAGACGUAUCAGCACGACGGAACACGAGGAUCGAGAACCCCAGUGUCUUCCCCCAACAAGGCAACUCUGGAAUUGCGCAAAACUUCUAG